AUGUGUAGGACCAUUGGAAUGGAAACGAUGAUGCCACUGCUUAGUGGGUCACAUAAGCAGCCUCUCACCUCAUUCUUACCGGGCAUUUGUGACCGCGUGGAUGGCCUCCAACAUAACCGCUUCUAUAUAGAGGGAUGUGAAGCCGUACUUACAAUGCCUUCUGGAAGCAUUGUGCCGACGUUCUGCAUUUCUGCAUGUGUGAGGGUGACUGGGGAGCGUACAUCCACAGCGUGCCCUUGUUCCCAAGUUGGACAGCCCCCUCUCCAGCGCUGGAAGGAAAGUGUUUCUGUUUCCAAAAGGAGCGUGGCUUUACCUGCGGCGACGCAGAGGGGACAGCGCUAUCUGCCGGACCUGAGGAACGGUGCCGUUGCUUUCCAGGAUUGCACAGCACCAGCGUCUUCGGUCGUGCUGGUGGUCUGGGCUGGUUUUUGUUCUGCAGUAUGUGUUGAAGUUCCAUCAGAGACAGAGGCCGUCCAAGGAACGCACAUGAAGCUACUCUGCAUCUCCUGCAUGAAGAGGGAGGAGGUGACAGCCAGCACGGUGGUGGAAUGGUUCUACAGGCCGGAGGGUGGCAAAGAUGAACCUAUCUACGAGUACAGGAAAACGAACCAUGAAUUCCCAAGCCGCUUCAGCGGUCGGUUACAGUGGAAUGGGAGUAAAGACAUGCAGGAUGUAUCCAUCACUGUGUUAAAUGUGACCUUGAACGAUUCCGGUAUCUACACCUGUAACAUCACCCGGGAGUUUGAGUUCGAGAUCCACCGGCCUCUCUUCACAAGCUCCAGAUUGAUCCACCUCACCGUGGUGGAGGAGGCUGGAGAAGACUUCACCUCGGUCAUCUCUGAAAUUAUGAUGUAUAUUCUGCUGGUCUUCCUCACCUUGUGGCUGCUGAUAGAAAUGGUCUAUUGCUACAGGAAAGUCUCGAAGGCAGAGGAGGCUGCCCAGGAAAACGCGACAGACUAUCUUGCGAUUCCAUCAGAAAACAAGGAGAACUGUGCCGUGCCUGUGGAGGAAUAG